CAGCACAGUCCGGUUUGCGGUGACACUCAUGACUCGCGUGUCCGCGGCAGCAGCAGCAGCAGCAGCAUCCUGAACAAACAACAGCAGCACUGCCGCAAUACUGAACAGGUUGCUAAAAGCCCCAAAUUCUCCCCGGAAAUACAGAGCACAUGACCGUGUGGCCCCCAGGGACGAAUAUUCUGAUCUGCUGUGCUUCAGGGCACUCAGGCAGAGGGCAGGCUCUAGGACAGCGUACAAUACCGAACACGUGUAGUUAGCUGACACAGCCAUGAUGAAAUCGGGCGCCACCAAGGUGGGGCUGCCCAAGCUGGGACUCCAGGACCGGGUCAAGCAUGCCUCCUUGGCCCCAACUUCCUCCACCACCACAAACUCCACCUCCACAGCCAUGAAGACCUCCAGAUCCUCCAACACGCUGGUCUCGGACCAGCGCCUCAGCAGGCUGAAAAGAGCGAGCAGCGAUGAUGCCUUGACGAAGCCUGCGCUGGGAGCCGCUGCCUCUGGCUCCCGGAUGAAGAAGACUGUGACUAUGGGAGCCAUCUCAGAUCUCGCAGAGGCCCGUCCUCGCAGCCUGUCUGGUGCACAAGCAGCCAAGAAGUCUGGUAUCCCAGCUCCUAGAGAAAUCCCUUCUACCAUUACAAGAGACCGCAUCUCUCUGAGGGACCAGCUUAGGAGCUCUACUACUAAGAGGAUGGUUUCUAGUGCCAGCACUUCCAGCCUCUCCACUCUGGCAAAGCAGACACGUAGCGUAACCAAGUCCCGCGGAGAUGCAGAGGGCCAGGAAAAGGGGCUUCUGGAGUGCCAGGUGAAAGAGCUGCUGGCUGAGGCCAAGGCCAAAGACUUAGAGAUCAGCAAUCUCAGGAUGGAGUUGCAGCGCUGCAAAGGUAAAGCCUCCACUGCUUCCUCUUCAUCCUCACCCAACGCUGUCUCAUGGCAAGAGCCAGCUGCAGAUGGAGAGCAGGGACAGGUGGCGGAGGCCCUUGUGCUGGUCGGGGAGCUGAGGGAGAAGAACGGCAAGUUUCAGAGAGAGCUGGCAGCGCUUAGGGAGGAGAACCAGGCACUGAAGGAAAAGCUGCUUUGCUUGGAGGCCUCUCCUGUCUCCAGUGCAAACACAAGCAGCCCCUCCAAGCCUUUGGUGAAUGGUCUGACGCAACAGGACAGUCUCCCUUCUUCUGCCAGCCCUCUCAAAACCUCUGUCUCUUCCAGUUCUGACAUCACCAAGGACUCGCCAUCACCGGACUCCUCAGAGUUUGAGAAGAUCCCAUCGCGUUCGGAAUCAACGAGCAGCGGUGUCAGCGGCGAAGCCGUAGUAGUGGGGGCAAGAGGGCGGGAUGUGUCAGUGCAGAGCCUGACAGAACAGAUUCACAAGAUGGAGGAGAGCCACCACAGCACAGCUGAAGAGCUGCAGGCAACUCUGCAGGAGCUGGCCGACCAGCAGCAAGUGGUGCAGGAGCUAACCGCUGAGAACGAGCGUCUGGCCGAGGAGAAGCGCCUCCUGCAGACAUCGCUUCAGCAGCAGAGAGAGCGCCUGGAGAUGCGGGCCCAGAAGAACGAGGCGCUCGCUGGCCGACUUCAGGAGCAAGCCCAGGCUCAAGCCCAGAGGGAGGAGGAGCUGAACAGCCAAGGGCCUCGGCUGGCCGAGCUGGAGCAGAGGUACGCCGAGCUGGUCGAGAGCUCGCGCUUCGAACGAGAGAAGCUGGUGGACAUCCAGCAGCAGCUGACAGGCAGCCUGCGGGCAUUGGAGGAGGAGCACCAGGAGGCCCAGGGCCAGGCGCGCUGUCUUAGGGAGGAGAUGGACAGGCUGCAGGCCCAGCUGGACAGAGAGCUCCGGGCCGGAGGUCAGGCAGCACAGGCCGCAGAGGAGCAGAGGGCGACAGCAGACUCUCUCCGACUGGAAAACAGUCGGCUGAAAGCGCAGGUGGACAUUGAGAGGCAAAAGGUGGGUGAGCUGAAGGCUAUGCAGAGUGCCAGUGACAGCACUGAGAUGCAGAACCUGCUGAAAACAGCCCACUCUGAGAAAGACAGGCUGGAGGUGGAGCUGACAGAGCUGAGGCAGGAGGUGCUACAGGCCCAGGCCGAGACUGAGCAUGUGCGGUCCACAAUGUCCAAGGUGGAGGCCAACUGCCAGCAGGUUCAGGAGCGGGCCGAGACGAUGGAGCAGGAGCUCAGCAGCCGGGUGACUGCCCUGGAGGAGGCUGGGAUCCACGCUGAGAACCAGGUGAAAGAGCUGAAGGAGACCAUCUUUGAACUGGAGGACCAGGUGGAGCAGCAGCGGGCCGUCAACUGCCACACCAACCAAGCUGUCCUGGACAUGGAGAAUCUUGUCAAAAAGCUGGAGGAGCAGAAAACUGAAGCAGACCGACAACUGAAAGUCUUGGGUAGACAGAUGAAGGAUGAAAAAGAAGAGUGGCGUCGGUUCCAGGCGGAUCUCCAGACAGCAGUGGUGGUGGCCAACGACAUCAAGGUGGAGGCUCAGCAGGAGCUGCGUACACUCAGGAGGCAGCUGCAGGAGGAGCAGGAUCGCAGUGCAAAGCUUUCCACAGACCUUGAAGCCCUGCAGGGUGUCAGGUACCAAGGUGAGGAGGUGAGGCUGUCCGACUCCGAAAACAACCGUCACUGGUGCGGCAUCUCCAUGAUCCCGACCACACCCUCCGAUGCCAGCGGAGAUACCGACUCAGAGUCCGGAGCUACUGUCAAAUCCCUCAUUAAGUCCUUUGAUACUGUUGGACAGAAUGGACCGGGCCACACAGUUCAAAUGCAUUCCUCCCCAAGAAGCCCGCUGAGUGGGAUCCCUGUACGCACUGCACCUGCUGCUGCUGUCUCCCCUAUCCAGAGACACGCCCACAUAAAGCCACUAUCAAAGACAUUGGAAAAAAGAAUCAACCAUGGAGAAUUCUCUCAUCACCAUGAUAAGUUGUCCAGCUGCGGGGAAGACCUGAAACCUAACAGCCUAAUGAGGAAGAGCCCUUCGCUAGAGUCUGUAAUCAAACCCCCCGCCUCCCUCAACAGCCGCACUGCAUCCUUCAGCUACAACCGAGGCAACAGCAAGCUUAGUGUGGAAAGAACGGACCCUUUGGCUGCACUGGCGCGGGAGUAUGGAGGAUCUAAGAGAAACGCUCUACUGAAGUGGUGCCAGAAGAAAACAGAAGGCUAUCCGAAUAUUGACGUGACCAACUUCAGCAGCAGCUGGAGUGACGGCUUGGCUUUCUGUGCCCUCUUGCACACAUAUCUGCCCGCUCACAUCCCUUACCAGGAACUCAUCAGUCAAGAUAAGGUCAAGAAUCUGACCCUGGCUUUCCAGGCUGCCGAGAGCAUUGGUAUCAAACCCUCUCUGGACAUCGAAGAGCUGAUGAAGACGGACAGGCCGGACUGGCAGAGCGUCAUGCAGUACCUCUCUCAGAUCUACAAGUACUUUGAGACCUGACCGACGGGGAAAGAGGAGCUGGAGACCGAUGAGUUGGAGGCACUGCGGCACUUUUCUGUCCCGGUCUGUCAGCACGACAGGACAUUCACCCUCCAGACAGACCCAACGCUGCCACCUGAACCCUUCUUCUGCUCACUGUUUGACACCAGAGACAUGACUGUUCUUGAGAAAUUCAAAACAGUCACCGAGCUGCUGUUUUCUCAUUUUUUUAAACGGGACGCCACAUUAAGCGCUGAGGCCCAGAUUAACAAAGACUUCAGUCAGGAAACACGUAACCUUGUUCAUUUGCACAAGCUUAAAGUGUUUAUUGAGCAUCUGAUUCACAGGCAAAUGAAAGCAGACAAGCACAUUGUGGUGCAAAAUACUAUUUAAGCCUUGUGGCAGUUGACAGCACAACUGAGACGAUUAAAAUCUCAUUUUAUUUGACUUUUUUUUAAUCACUCUAUAUUGUCUUUGAAAGAAAUACAUAACUUUUGUCACAAACUGGCUGUCAGUAAAAAAAUAUAUUUUUCCAUUUGCUAUUCAUCAGUGUUUGUGAAUCGAAUGCUCUGGUUCUGGUCAUUUUCAUCAUGUGCCAAACCUUCUGCUAGGACUAUCUAUGCAUGGUGAAAGUGUAACCUGUGUGAGUAAGCAGUGUGACAUCCCUAACCAACCUGCAGUCAUGAGUAAACCGUCCUGAAACCAAACUCGCGUUCACUUUUCUUCUGUUUGCUUCAGAGAAUCGAUUACUGAGUGCUUAUUGUAAACUAGCUGGAGUUGUAUUUUGCAGAGCAGAAAGUAUUGGAUUAUUUUGGACUGACAGGUUUGAGUUGAACUGAAGCCUUUAUAUUUUCCACUUUCAGUGUGUGUUCUUAAGAAUAGAAACUAGAUAAACCUUAGCUGCCAUCUGUGAUGCGACACUAAAAAUGAUCUAACACUACGAGAGUUGCUAAAUAGUUUUGUAGAAAUAUUUUUUGAAAACAGAUUGAUCUCUAUGUUUGCAUUGUUUACAGUGUUAAGGAUUGGCUGAAUCAAACCAUGAAAAUGUGCCUACCUGUGUUGUUUCUCCACGUUUUCCGUCAAGAGUCCCUCGACAACUAUGGUACUGCAGCUGCUUUGCAAAAUAUACAUAUAUAGUGUAUAUAUAAAUAUUUGGCAUGCCAUGUUAAUUUAUGAAGGAGAGAAUGACUUUUACACGUAAGAGUUGAGGCACAACACUUUCUCUGUGUUAAGAUUUAAGUAAGCCUCCAUUCUGCAGUUGCGCUUGUGUUUUGGACAAUAAAAGUGUUAUUUAUUUAUUUACAAGACUUGCAUUCAGAAAAGUGAGAAUGUGGACAGGAGUGUGUGCAGUUUUCUAUUGACGGAUGUCAGAUCUGGAGGCCUGUUGGAUGGAUAUUGCUCAAUAAAGGAUUGUCAAGUUUUA